AUGAGAACCAUCCUCCCAGGCCUCCCCUCCCCCCACCUUCAAGCCCUAGCAACAGGCUACUGCCAAAAUGCAUCCGAGUCCGGCCCCCGUCGAAUAACCGUCUACAUCUCCGGUCCCGCAAUCUCAAUCCUCUCCCCAAGCCCCGCCUCUCCAUCCCAUCUCCUCCAAACAAUCUACGACGACGACCCAACCCCCCUCCAAUGCGUUGCCCUCGACGAACCCACAGCCAAAAUCGCCGUUAUCACCACCUCUGGCACAGGAAGGAUAUAUAAACCAACAAUCAACACCCUCCUCCCGAUCAACUCCCCCGAGCGUGAGCCCCGCUGGGUAUUACAAGGAACCUUUUCCUCCUCCCCCUCCCCUUCCCAUCCAGCAACCCUCUCCUGGGGCAGCGACGGCGAACUUUUAGUCUCCUCCUCAUCAUCCCUCCAACUAUGGCAGACGUCCCGACCAGAGGGGGAUAUUCAUUUAUCAUGGUCGCAACCGCUCCCUAAUCCAGCGAAAAUGGCGCUGUUGUCGUAUGAUUCGGCGUACAUAGCCUCUGUGGGGCGAUAUGAUAAACUGGUGAAAGUGUGGAGGAGGCUGAGCUAUGGGUCUGGGGGUGCGGGGACGGAGGAGGGCGUUGAUGGGGCGAGGUUUGAUUUUGUGUACUUACGGCAUGGGGAUGUGGUUACCAGGCUUGAGUGGAGGAAGAGGCCAAGGCAUGAGGGGCAGACGGUGGAGAAUGUGCUUUGGACGGUGGACUGCAAAGGAAGAGUAAAGCUUUGGGUUGGCGGGGAUGGGCAUGGGAUGAGGGAGCUGAGGCUUUGGGGGGUGGAGUUGGGGAUGAGAAUGGGGUGGGUGGUUCAGGGGGGGAUUUGA